AUCUUUAUUAACAUCAUCGCAUACAAAUAUAUUUCCCAGAAAUUCUUACAAGAAUUACCAAGAUUGAAUCUUUUUCAUGAGCUACGUAGUCCAUAUAUAUCCUUGCAACUUUAGUUUUUCCAAUAUUAUAGUUUUGCUCAAUUUUCUAUAGUGAGUUUUUCUUAAGAUUUGCAUCAAUAUGGCACCAAAGAAUAACAAGUACGACGUUUUCAUAAGCUUUAGAGGUGAGGACACCCGUAACAAUUUCACUAGCCAUCUUCACAAAGCAUUGCUGCUUAAAAAUUUACAAGUUUACAUGGAUGAGAGGCUUGAGAGUGGUGAUGAGAUUUCUUCAGCUCUUUUGAAAGCAAUUGAAGACUCAAAGCUUUCUGUCAUAGUUUUCUCGGAAAAUUAUGCAUCUUCGAGGUGGUGUUUGGAUGAAUUGGUUCAUAUUCUGAGGUGUAAAGAAAGAUAUAGGCAGAUUGUUGUGCCAAUAUUUUAUCAUGUGAGUCCAUGUGAUAUCAGAAAACAAUCAGGGAAUUUUGGAGUUGCAUUUGGUGCACUUGAGGAACGCUUUGGAACUGAAUCUGAUAGAUUGAGUCAAUGGAGGACUGCUUUAACAUCUGCUGCUAAUCUUUCUGGCUGUAAUGCACCCAUAACCAGGUGUGAGUCCGACUUAAUUGAGAAAAUUGUCGAAGACAUCUUGAACAAACUGAAUUCUUUGUCAUCAAGUAGUGACUAUUUGAAUAAUGGCCUUGUUGGAAUGAGCAGACGCAUUGAACAUCUUGAAUCAUUGUUAUUGUGUGUUCCAAUUUUGGGCAUUUGCGGCAUGGGCGGCAUGGGUAAGACAACUCUAGCGCGAGCCUUAUUUACUCAAAUUUACAAUCGGUUCGAUGGUUACUGCUUUCUUGAAAAUGUUAGGGAAGAAUGGGAAAAACAUAAUGGGCUCGGUUUAAAGAAACAACUUUAUUCUGAGUUAUUGAAGGAAAAAAAUCAAGAUAUAGUCAUGAUCAACAUGUUUGUGAAGGAUAGACUUUGUCGUAAAAAAGUACUAAUUGUUCUUGAUGAUUUGGAUGAUGUAGAUCAAUUUGAGCAAUUAUUAUUAGGAGAUCGUGAUUGGUUAUGUCAUGGAAGUAGAGUAAUUAUAACUACUAGAGAUCAACAAAUACUCAAGAAUAUUGGGGUUGAUCAAAUCUACAUGGCAAAUCAACUAGGGGAUGAUGAGGCUCUUCAACUCUUUAGUUUGAAUGGAUUCAAAAGUGAUUUUCCACCAACUAGUUUUAUGGAGUUGUCGCUAAAAGUAGUGAAUUAUGCCGCAGGAAUGCCAUUGGCUCUUAAAGUUUUAGGUUCUCAUUUGUAUUCGAAAAGUGAAGAAGAGUGGAAUAGUGCAAUAAACAAGUUGAAAGUGUUUCCCAACCGAAAGAUUCAAAAUAUAUUGAGGAUAAGUUAUGAUGGGCUAGACGAUAAAGAAAGGGGUGUAUUUCUAGAUAUCGCAUGCUUUUUCAAAGGCAAGGAUAAGGAUUUUGUGGGAGGAAUAUUGGGUGAUGAUUGUACGUUUGCAGAUGUGAUUAGAGUUCUCAUUGAUAGAUGUUUGAUAUUUGAGAUAUUUGAGAUAGAUUAUGAGAAUAAGACCACACUAUGGAUGCAUGAUUUGAUACAAGAAAUGGGCCGGGAAAUUGUUCGUCAAGAAUGCAUCAAAGAGCCUGGAAUGCGUAGCAGACUAUGGAUUACUGAAGACAUUUGUCAUGUCUUAAAAAACAACACAGGUAGCGAAAAAGUUGAAGGAAUAUUCCUAAACUUCUGUGGGAUCAAUAAAGGGAGUCAUUUCAAAUUGAAGCCUACAGUCUUUAGAGAAAUGUACAAUCUAAGACUACUUCAAAUAUUAUUUGAAGAUUGUAUACAAAUGGAGAAGUGCAAAUUUCAACUUCCUCAUGAUCUUGAUACACUUCCUGAUUCUCUUAGAUAUCUCAAUUGUCCUUACUACCCAUUCAAGUCUUUACCAUCAAAUUUUGUGCCACAACAUCUUGUGGAACUCAACAUGCCCUUUAGCAAGUUGGAGCAACUUCCAAACGAAUUCAAGUGUCUUGAGAGCUUAAAAGUUGUCGAUCUCAGUUUUUCAAAGAAUUUGAUUCAUAUGCCAGAUUUAUCUCAAGCUAAUUUGAAGAGUCUAUUUCUUAAAGGCUGUGAGAGUUUGGAAGAAGCUCCUUCACUCAAAUUUCAACAAAUUCUUGCUCACAAGUGUUUUACAAAAGAAAAUAUAGUAACAGAAACAAAUUACAUUAAUAUCAAUUAUUGGGGACCUGAGGAGACUGAUCAUAAACCAUCGUGGUUGGAAUCUUAUGAACACAUAAACUACUUCCUUAAUCUCGGUGGCUGCUCUACUCUUAAAGUUCUCUCAGAGAUGUCUGGGAACAUUAAAUACAUUUGUUUAUCUUCCACUUCCAUAGAAGAGCUGCACUCUUCAAUUUGGUCUCUUGUUCAUCUUUCUAUUUUGGAUCUUAGCAAUUGUAAAUGCCUCAAGAAUCUUCCGAGUGGAAUUGGACAGUUGGAGUCUCUAAAUCAUCUAUAUUUAGAUGGUUGUUUAUCUUUUGAUAGGUUUCCUGAGCGGCUUCCAAAGAAAAUUAGAUUAUUAGACUUGAGGGGAACUAAGAUAAAAGAAGUGCCUUCGUCUUCCUUAGAAAAUCUCUCUAGUCUUGAGGAUCUAUGUCUAAUGAAUUGCACGGAGCUUGAAACCCUACCAACGAGUAUCUGUAAGCUGACAUCUCUUGUGAGGCUAAACCUAUCUGAUUGCUCAGAAUUGAAAAGUUUCCCUGAAAUCUCAGAGCCAAUGAAAAGUUUGAGAAACCUUCAUCUAGAUCAAACAGGAAUUAUAAAGUUACCCUCGUCAAUUGAAAAUCUUAAUGGGCUUGAACGGCUGAGUUUAAGGAGAUGUAAUAAUCUAGAGUUUAUUCCAAACAACAUAUACAAUAUGAGCCAUCUUCAAUUGCUGUGCCUUUCUGAAUGUUCAAAACUUCAAAGUUUGCCUGCUGUGACGGCUGAUUUCCAAUUUAAGAUUGAAGUGGAUCUUAGCUAUAAAAACAUAUUCAAAAUCCCUGACUGGAAUCUUGGUUUAUCUUCAUUACCAUUGAUGGAGUCUGAACCAUGUGGAUCAAUGAUUGAUGAAGGACUAGUGAGCAUCAAACGACUUUCUAAUAUGGUUUUAUAUUUGUUACAACGUUGUGACACUGCCGACACUUUCGUCGUACCUAAUUUCAUGGUCGAUUCAUGUCGAUGCUUGGUCUCAUAUAGUGACAAACAACCAUACUAUUUUUGUGGUUGCUCAAGAUGGAAUAUUGAAAAAUACAACAAAGUAGUGACUGACUUCUGGAAAUAUCUCUUCCGUCAGGCAACUUAUUUUGGUCAACAACUAAAGAGAAAUAUUUUUCCGAGAAUGUAUUUAUGUUGCCCAGGAAAUGAAUUUGCGGAUUUUUUUGAUAAUGUGUCUGAAGGAUCUUCAGUUGAUGUCAAUCUUUGUCCACAGUCUUAUAAUUCCAACUUUUUGGGUUAUGUCUUUUGUGUUCUCAUCGAAUUUGAUCACUACUGUUUUGAUAAUAUUAACCGUUUGAAUUUUCGAUGCGAGUACAAUUACAAAACCAAUAAUGGUGAAAGCAACAAGCGUAGUUGGAGUAUCCACACACCAGAAAACAAGUACGCAUUUGUUGAGAUUGGAAUUCUCAAUUCAGAUCACAUGUUUAUGGGGUGUAUUCUUGAGGAGUACGAUGAGCAUCUUAAUGCAAAUGCAUUACAGAUAGUGUCAUUUGAUUUUCACCUUGACCAACAUGAUUGGGAAGCACUAGUUAACGUUGGCAAGUAUAGAGUGAAAAAGUGUGGAGUUCACAUGUUAAAUCUUGAUGAUUUAAUUGAUGACUCAAAUCAUUUAGAUGCUGAGUUUGAUAAUGAUGUGUUAUUUUACAGAAGAAAACAAUUUCAGUUUUCAGGUAAGGGCCCAUUCAUUAUGCGAUUAUUAUAACUUAUGUAGUCUCUUUUCUUCUCUAUAGUGAGUGUUAAGAUUAAUGCUUUCUUGUGAGUUUGAGAGUGUUUUUUCUCUUUGUGAAUCGUGACUUUGUAAUUGAAAUUCCGU